CCGCGACCGCCAGUGACUGCAGCUGCAAGGUGCAGCGCGACUCGGAUGUCUGCAUGAGUGCGAAGUCUGGAUGGGCUUCGGUUGCUGGAGUUCCUCACAGAAAUCGUCUUCGGCCGUGCUCAGUGCUCAGAUCACUCAUCAGCCCAUAGAAUGUCGUGCUUGCGCGCCCUCCCCACAACGACCGCAUGAGGAAACCCUGUCCGACAACUUGCCUUGAGCCUACUACCCUGUUGGAUCAUACGUCACGAUGAGCGAUCAACCAGAGCUCGACACUGUUCGCCGGGCAGCAUUGGUCGCCAGAGUCUAUGACCUGCGCCAACCCCCGACCUUUCUCUCCGCACCCAUAUCUGCCGUCGCGCGUCAUACCACAGACAACCUGCGCAUCAUCCUCUUCUCACCUCUCUUCGACCAGGAGAAUGACUUUCCUACCAGCGGGCGUGAGGCGGAUGCCGAGGAGCAGGCGAAGCACAAGUUCCCGCCGAGCGGGCACUGGGACGACGUUCAGAGAUUGUUGACAUACGUCUACGUCCAGGCGACCAGGGUCGCGCAGGAGAUGAACAGAGUGCUACUAGAUGUCGAUGUACUUCUCAAGGCUCCCCACGAGCCAUUCGACUCGGAGCUCAUCCGGGAUGCAGAGCGCACGUAUCGCGUCUCCCCACUACCUGGGGAGGGCGACGACCGGCCAGACAUUCUGGUUCUGCAGCCCGACCGUCACCCACACAUUCCUCAACACCCGGUCAUAGCCCCUCCCUCAGAGCCAACGCUGCCUCCGCUCUUCCCAGUAGCGGCGCUAGGCGGGACCUUCGACCACCUACACGCGGGCCACAAGAUCCUCCUCAGCAUGGGGGCCUGGAUCGCCCGCGACAAGCUCAUCGUCGGCGUAACAGACGACACGCUCCUGAAGAACAAAUCGUUCAAGGACGUCCUGGAGUCUAUCGCCGUACGCACAGCGCGCGUCCGCGGCUUCCUCGAGCUCUUCAAGCCCGGGCUCUACUACGACGUCGUCGCCAUCUCCGACGUCUACGGGCCGACCGCAUGGGACCCGAACAUCCAAGCUCUCGUCGUGAGCAAGGAGACCCUGCCGGGUGCCGCCUCCAUCCACAAGCUCCGCAAGGAGAAGGACCUUUCCCCACUGAGCACCUUCGUGAUCGACGUGAUCUCAGCCUCGGAGGCAAGCCUCGACGACCGGGACGCGGAAGCACUCAAGAACACCAAGAUGAGCAGCACCUUCAUCCGGCAGUGGAUCGUCCAGACCAGGGGCAGAUCGCCAGAAGCACCGGGCUCGUCUUAGCCCAGGAUGAGCCCCGCUAGCGGGUCCCGGUCAGGGCGGAAUCGAGAUCCCAGGGCCUCUGGAUCUGUUCACGUACGUAACGAGCCUCAUCCCACCAGAAGGACAAUCGGGACGGAAGCAGAAGUAGAGUGGCAAUGUAUCAAUUAGGGUAUCCCAGGUGUCAAUGUAUCUCCGUAAGUACAAUGAAUUAC